GAGCUAGGCGGUUGGACCGAGCAGCAGGCCGGCGGGGCUGGGCCACGCAGAGCAGGCCCAGCGAGCCCUCCCGUGACCCGCGCCGGUGGAAGCAGCAGCAGCUCCUCGCCCGCAUCCCGGAUGGCCCGAGUCCGGACGGGGCUGGUAGCUAGAGGGCCAAGAGCAGAUCCCUCUGAGGGCUGGCCCUUGGGAAGGCGCCUUCAGCAGCGGGACCAGGCAGGCCACCAUGACCGAGAACUCCACGUCCGCCCCUGCGGCCAAGCCCAAGCGGGCCAAGGCCUCUAAGAAGUCCACAGACCACCCCAAGUAUUCGAACAUGAUCGUGGCUGCCAUCCAGGCCGAGAAGAACUGCGCUGGCUCCUCGCACCAGUCCAUCCAGAAGUACAUUAAGAGCCACUACAAGGUGGGGGAGAACUCCGACUCCCAGAUCAAGUUGUCCAUCAAGCGCCUGGUGACCACCGGGGUCCUCAAGCAAACCAAAGGGGUGGGUGCCUCCAGCUCCUUCUGGCUGGCCAAGAGCGACGAGCCCAAGAGGGCAGUGGCCUUCAAGAAGACCAAGAAGGAGGUCAAGAAGGUGGCCACACCAAAGAAGGCAGCCAAGCCCAAGAAGGCUGCCUCCAAAGCCCCAAGCAAGAAACCUAAAGCCACCCCAGUCAAGAAGGCCAAGAAGAAGGUGGCUGCCACACCCAAGAAAGUCAAAAAGCCCAAGGUUGUCAAGGUCAAACCAGUCAAGGCAUCCAGGCCCAAGAAGGCCAAACCGGUGAAGCCCAAAGCCAAGUCCAGUGCCAAAAGGGCCGGCAAGAAGAAGUGAUGAGGAAGCCUUUUCUUACGGACACUCCACUCUCUCACUCUGUAAAUACUUUUUUCCUUUCUUCCUUGAUUCUUU